AUGGAAAUUGUUGAUUCUCUUGAAAAACAGAAUCCUACACACACAACUCCACCAAUUAAACAUCUUAAUCUCGCCUCUCAGGGAUGGCUGACGGCGGGUCCAGUUGGUGGUCGAUCGAUGGAAACAACAGCCGAAGGACGGCAGCGAUUCGUCGAAAAUGGCAGUGGCGAUUUGAAUGGUGAGGAGCGGAGCGGCAACUGGAGACUAACCACUUUGACGGGGCUUAGCGAAAAAGUGGAGGGCGGCGGCCGGCGUCUGAACGAAACGGAAAUCGCCGACUGGAUGACAGGUGUUGACCGGGUGCCGGCAGUUCGCUUCACGUCAGCUGUUGCGUGGCUGCAGGGGCGAGGACGGGUGGUUGGUCAUCGACGAUAG